CAAUUCUCAAAGGGCCAGAAUAAAGAGGCAUGUUAUCCAAUGGCAUUAGGUUUGGCACUACACACACAUAUUCUUACCGAUCAGUGCUCAUCCUGCCUUGAGGCAAAGUGAGGCAGUUGCCUCAGGAAAGGAAAGCAGGGAGGGAUAGGAAAAUGCUGGUGGACAGAGGUGUCCGUUGGCUUGUCUUUCAUCCCUCUCAUUGACUUUCAUCCCCUGUCCUAUCUUUGUUCCUUUGUAAAGCAUUCUAGAAAUAAAUGAAAGUGUCUGGACUGCAGUAGAAACAGACAAUAUGAGAAUAAUCAGAGCAUUUGAUGCUGUUUUCCUUUUGCUGUCCUUAGAGAAUCUGAGAAAUGCGUAAACAAGUGCAUUGGAAACUACACCUGAGAGUGUGCCCAAAUAGUUACUUUUAAAAAUAACUCUCUUUUUUAUAUAUUUUAUCCAUCUGGUACAAAAUGUAGCCUUUUCAGUCCCCAAGACUGCAAUCCUAUUCAUAUUAGUCCUGUUGAAGAAAAUGACACUGAUUUAAAAACUCAUCACACUGUUCUUUUUUAGCAUCCUAGGACACUAAAGGGACAGUCCAUCAAUGGAAAAGAAUGCUGCCCAUCACACAACAUUGCUGGACUUAUAUUGGCAUUUUUGUAGUCUGAAAUGGACCUAACUGCUUUCUUAUGGAGUCAUCUAUUGUAAAUUAUUUUUCAUGCAAAAACACAAGCUUUCCUACAUUCUUCUGAAAAUGCUUUUGCAGACAGCCAUUUGAAGUUGUAUUGCCAUGUUAUAAAAAUGAAAAUCUAUUGGUGGACUUUCUGGUUAUAUAGAUAAGUAAAUCCCCAAUGAACAUGAAUGGUAACUACUGGUUUAGCUAUGAUAGUACCUUAAAAAAGAUACUCUGCCUGACGUUCUCUUUUUGCUCCUCCAAAUGUUCACCUGCUGCUGUCCCUAAUAAUUGGACUCAUGGAUGUUAUGUGUCAUAACAACAUUUGAAGGACCAAAAAUUUCUCUAGUAUUAUACUUUUGAUGUGGCAGUUACAAUCCAAUUGCAGUAGCUGGAGGGUGUCUCUGUAAUGACUCAAAAGAAAUUUCACAAUUUCAAGAAAGUAACAUGAAUUGGUCUAUAUGAAUUUGACAGCAGAAAACAAAAACCCAGAGCCAAACGAUUUUGCAGCUACAUAUGCCUUUAACUUUUGAAGUUCAAUUUUGUUCUGAGAAACCUCAAAAGCUCACUUAAUCUAAUCCUCUGUCAAGUUAGGAAAACUAUAGAAUCCCUGAUGGUCCCUUCUUUUUCUUUUAAUACAAUUGCUGAUGAAGUCUGUGUCAAAUAGCUUGAGGUUCUCCUGAACUCAGCACAAUAUGUUCCCAAAUAAAUAUAUACAGGAUGUGUCACCACAAAUACAUAUGCAUGUGUAGAAGAAUUCAUAGAAGCAUGACUGUGUUUAACAGAAACAACCCUGAUUUGUCCUUAGCAAAAUUUUGUCUGUCUGGGAAGUUAAGCAGCGAAAGGCUUAGUUAGUACUUGGGUGGGAGACCUAGGGGAAAAUCUUGCUCAAAACCUCAGACAGCAGUUUCCAGUCCAAGUUGACAAUGUUGGACUAAAUGGCUAGGUAGUCUAAUUCAGAAUAAGAUAUUUUCCUAAGUUCCAUUUCAGAGAGAUCUGAGAGGCCUGCUUCAUAAAAUUUAGCUGAAAUUUCCUCUCUUGGGAAAUGCUGGGAAAUAAACUAGUUCCCCUACCCAACUUCUUGUUCCUGUACCCCAAGGUUUGGGACAAUUGGAGUUUUUGACUCUGUUGAUGAAUGAGAGCUUGUGAAAGGAGCUGGCUACUAUGAAAAGGCAUAGACUUUUCACCCACAUUCAGAACAAUCCUUGUUUUCACAGGUGAAAUACUGAAUAGAGCAUUAAUUUAUUUAUUUACUUAUUUAUUUACAGUAUUUAUAUUCCGCCCUUCUCACCCCGAAGGGGACUCAGGGCGGAUCACAUUAUAACACACAUAGGGCAAACAUUCAAUGCCCAUAAACACAUCAAACAGAGACUGAGAGACACACACGCAGAGGCAAGUUAACUUUCUUCUGAGGGGAUGUUCGAUUCUGGCCACAGGGGGGAGCAGCUGCUUCAUCAUUCACACUGACGGCACUUCCUCAUACCAGGUCGUAAAUUAGUUAAUCUUGCCUCCCCACUUUUAUUAGUGGUACCUUAUCUCCUACUUGAUAGAUGCAACUAUCUUUCGGGUUGCUAGGUCAGCAACGAGCAGGGGCUAUUUUUUAUUUUUAAUUGACGGGUGCUCACCCCGCCACGGGCUGGCCUCGAACUCAUGACCUCAUGGUCAGAGUGAUUUAAGGCAGCUGCUCAACAGCUGCGCCACAGCCCGGCCCAUUAAAUCCCCAUAAUGUGGAAUUGAUAGUGUUGGUUGACCAUGCCACACACAUUGACCUCUCAGUCUCACUCAGGGGAAGAAGAGAAGAAAUCCAGAGAGCCUAAGUUGUAUAGGCAUAUUGUUGGGAUCCCUGAAUGAAAUAAUUCAUAUAUUGCACAAAAUGAAAAUAAAUUACAUUUCUGCUUUAACAGAAGAACAAACAGAGAAAGUAAACUCAAACCUAAAGUGAAUGGUGUGAAUAAACAUUUAUGAACAUUUGCCUAUUUUGCAACAAUCUGUUCUUUGUCCCUUGUUCCCUUUUGAAACGUGUACGAAUGCUUCUAGAGCCAUAUACAUUUUAGUAAGGCAUUAUGUGUAGUGGUGGCAAAAAUAAGAACAAUAAAAAAGAUUUGGGGUGGAAAUCCUUGAACACAAACAUGUAAGUGUUAAACCUGAUGAAACCAUGUUAAAAAAGAGUGUGAGAAUGCCUCUGAGUGUGUGGAAAGUGCUUUCUUUUCUCCACUAGAUACUCAGCAGGCAUCCUCCACACAUCCCAGGGUAUAAAGUAUGAUUUGAAGAUUUGAAGUAUCAGAUUCAUUUUUUAAGUAAACAUAAAUGAAUCCAUGUAUCAGUAUCAGUUUAAUAGGCUUUCACUAAUAAACCCAUUUCAUCCAGUUCCCAUGUAGACUAUGUCUUUAAAUAAGAAAAAAGGCCAAAUAUGCACUUUUAUUUUGGUUUGCAGUUUCCCUUAGUAUGCAUAUUUUAAUGUAUAAAUACCUCUACUGUAAGCAAAUACUGACUACUAUAAUUUAUAAGGGAGGCUCCCUGCUGUUUAUGCCAUCCUGCGGAGUUGCUUUGUAGUGGUGCCAAACAUCUAGAUUAUGACAUACACACCUCCGCACACUUUUCAAUACAUUAAGCAUAAACAAUUAUCUGCUUUUUGAAUCGAUUAAAAACCUAAUUGUCCAUUAGGGCUGAUUGCAAUUAAUACGUUACUUAAAGGUCCUUCAAGCCUUAUUCUAUGGGAUAUUGUAAUUCCAGCAUUAUUCUAAACCACAUAGGAAUUGCUUAAGUAAAUAUCUUUAUUAAUCUUUUAAAUUAAUUAUCCACUCACUCAACCAACCAACUAGCAACCAAUCAAUAAUCUUUGAAGCUCUCUGUGCAAUUAUUUUUUAGUUUUCACCUUCAUUAAAAGAAAUAUCACCAUAUAACAUUUGGAAUUUGAUAGUGGACAUGGCAGAAAUUAGGAGUCAUUUCUAUGCCAAAUGUGGUUCUUCUUUCCUCCUUUAUCUCCAUCAUCAUCCAUUUUUUUUCAAAGUGACUAUGUAUUUUCCACAGGUAUAUGCAUAAAUAGCUUCAUAAAUAUCAGGGAAUCCUUCUUGCCCUUCCAAAGAUGCCACUGGGACAAGGCAAUCUGAUAUUGUGGAGAUUUUAAACUCUUUGGAAUAUGGAGAAUCCUGUUCCAGGAGAACAAUUACUUGUAAAGAAGAGAUUUCUAACAUCUGAUAGCAUUAUAUUGAUUCAGACUCUUGGCUUAUCCAGGCCAAUGUUGUCAAUUCUGAUAUGUCUUCAAGGUUUGAAUAGGAUGUUUUCAUCUUGCAACCUGAAGACUCUGGUGGUUUUUCCUGGUGGUCUCCUUUCCAGUAUUAUCCUAACUCUUUCACCCCUGAAACUAGACCAGGUCAGGUAUUUUUAGACAGAUAUUACACAGUCUCUCUCUCACACACAACACUCCAGUUCCAUAUAGCUUCCAAAGGUGGCCCUGCAUAAAGAGCAUAGCAGUAGCCCAGUUAAACUCAGAUAUCGGAAAUGCACAGACCUGAGGAUACUGCUAAACUACAGUUUCCACCAUCCUUGUUCACUGUUCAUAUAGUCUGGAACGGAUGGGAGUUGGAGCCUAAUAACAUCUGGAGAGCCAAGCGGCCCAAAACUGAAGUAAUAAAAACUCCCUUCAGGUGUUACCCUCCACAUCUCCAAAUAAUUUAUGGGGCCAUACACAAUGGCUCCUGUAUCAUUAUUUCUGUCACUCGAGCACUGACCUUGAGAAAUGGAAGAACUAGAAAGCACACCUUUUGGAAAUAAACUUCCCAGAUUUGCUAGUGCUGGCUAUGGGAUUCUGUGAUCUGUAUUCCAAAAGUAACUUUUCUGAGUUCUGGAGAGGACUGAAGUGGGAAGCUGUGUGUGUUCAGGAAAGGCUGCAAAAAUUACUUUUUUGGACUACAACUUCCAGAAAUAUCCUGACCACUAGCUAUGCUUACCGGACAAUGGUGAAACAUGUAGUCGAAAGAAAUAAUGUUUGGAUUCUCUGGUUCAGUGGUACAUAAGAGGUUUCCUUUGAAUCGCACAAGCAGGUUGGCCACUGGAAGGUGGGUUUAGCAACAAUUUCAUUUUGAUUUUCUUCAAUUAGGACCUUAAAGAUGAAAAAGAUGUUCUCCAUACUUUUUAGAUAGAGUUUAACAUGCUAUGGUUUCUUUCACAUUGUCAGCUUUCAUGAACUGCUAUCAAUUUGAAUUUAACUCCAUUAAACUUUCAUGCUGAUUUUUUGUGCAUGGCUCCCAAUCACAUGAAGAGUUUUCUUGUGUGCGGUUGAAUUAGAGAUCAAGACUAAUCCUUUUAUGACUACACCUUCCAGAAUUCCCUGGCCAACAUGACCAGGUUCAGUGCUGGCUGAAACAUUUGGGUAUUUGUAGUCCAAAAAUGUAACAUUUCCAAUCUGAGGCAUGAAAUCUGCAUCACCUUUCUCAAAUUUCCAUAGGUUAUUUUUAAUUCAGAAAUAUUGUACUCAAAUAUUACUACAGUAGAUUCUCACUUAUCCAGCCUUUGCUCAUCCAACAUUCUGUAUUAUCCAACUCAGUCUGCCUUUUAGUAGUCAAUGUUUUUGUAGUCAAUGUUUUCAAUACAUUGCGAUGUUUUGGUGCUAAAUUCGUAAAUACAGUAAUUACUACAUAAUGUUACCAUGUAUUGAACUGCCUUUUCUGUCAAUUUGUUGUAAAACACGAUGUUUUGGUGCUUAAUUAGUAAAAUCAUAAUGUAAUUUGAUGAUUAAUAGGCUUUUCCUUAAUCCCUCCUUAUUAACCAACAUUUUCACUUAUCCAAAGUUCUGCCGGCCCAUUUAUGUUGGAUAAGCGAGACUCUACUGUAUAACAUUUAAAAGGUGCUAUGGCCUGAUCAUUUAUUUCCUACUGCUCUCAGUGUCAGGAAGUCAUGAUUUGCAAAGACACUGUGCUAUAUGUAUGUUAACUGGAAAAUGAAGUGCAUGAAGCUGAUUGGUUGAGCCUGCAAAUACCUGGGAAUUGAUUUGAAACUGUUUCUGUUCUGUUGCUGUAGAACGAGUUUGAACAAGUUUUUUUCAGUGCUGACAGAGUACUGCAGAAGAAGAGAAUGGUGUACUCAGAGAGGCCUUGCUAUUUUUGAGGCCUGUUUGCUGCUGAUAAAAGAGGGUGAAGAACCAGGACUGUAUUCUUCUCUGAAGCAGAUUUCUGGACUGAGAAAGGACUGUUUAUGACUGUGGACUUCUGUAAGCAAUCAGAGGGACCAUUAUGAAUACCACUGUUCUUUUGAUCUCUUGGGAUUACUACAGUUCCUGUAUUUAUUUUCUUUGUUCUGAAAACCUGAGUGGUACGUUAUUGUUCUGCGGAUGACUCUGGGUCGUGGGCACACGUAAGAGCUCCCAUUUAUCAUCACCAAUCCGCAAUAAGGAAGCAGUUGGGUGUGGCUCAUUUUUGCUCUUUGUAUGAUGCAAGCUCCACCCAGUUGUCAUUCCGGGGUGGUUGGUUUUCUUCAUGUGUUACGGCAUAUGGCUAUAAUUUGAGUGUAACACAAUGAUCUUUGUAUGGGAAGCUGGGUGUGCACACAUCUUGGGAAUGUAAUUCUUUCUGUUCUUGCAAUGUGGCAUUCAUUCUGUGAAGAUGGGGCAAUACAGUUUUUGAAAUCAGAAAUGCUUAACAUUUGAUUUGUUGAAGAGGAGCAAUGUUAUGACCUAGCAGGUCAUCCCUAGAAUGCAUCCUUUAAAAACCAGGCUUGUUCAGUUGUUGAUACACAGAUGUGUUUCUUGAGGUAGCCAUGAAGGCUUUGAUGGCAUGUCUCCUUGUCGGGCUUUUAGCCCUUUGGAUGGAAUUUCCCUCCACAAUUGCAGUGCAAAUUCCACAAGAGAAACUUGGGAUUUGCCCCCGCAAUCCCUUCCGUUGCACUAUACCAGGGCAUAACAUGUGUAACAAUGACUAUGACUGUGAAGGAAGGCAAAAAUGCUGUUACUUUAACUGUGGCAAGAUCUGCAGAAAUCCACAAGGGCUCACACUGGUUCCUGAGGUCACCAUGAAGAGACUGACGGCUUUCCUCCUUGUGGGUCUUCUAGUUUUCGGGGUAGAAUUACCUUCCAGCACUUGUUACAGAGUUCCACUAGAGUUUUAUCGGUUUUGCCAUGGAAAUCCAUUUUAUUGCUCUAUACCAGGAAUCAUGCAUCGCUGCAGACAUGACUAUGACUGCCCACAAAACCUCAGAUGCUGUAACUACCGUUGUGGCAGAAGCUGCAGAAUGCCCCUGCCACCACCGCCACCACCACCACCAGCUCCAAUAAUGCCUUGGAAUUGCCAACGAUUUCCGCAUAGCUGCUCUGUUCCUGGGAUACACCGUUGUAGUCAUGAUCGUGACUGUCCAGGAAGACAACGAUGCUGUUACCACAAUUGUGCCAGGGGCUGCAGAUAAGAAUUCCUUUUCUUCAUCAUACAACUUGCUGUGGACCAGAUGCAGAACAAGGACUUGUUGUGGCUUGUCAUUUUUCUAAAGGUGGAAACAGAACUGAAAUAUUUUGGAUAGGAAUUCUUUGUCCGUUAUUGCGCUAUUCCACCCAAAUUCGGUCUAAUUAUAUACAAUAAACAUUCCUUAAAGAAUGUAGUCCUCUAAUGACUUGGCCUUCUUUUUCCUUGAAUACUACAUGUAGUUGUUAUUCCUACAGAUGUGCAGUUUAAAAGUUAUGAAAUGGAAAUGGGCAAAAGAAAUGAAAUAUAUAAGUAGAUGAACAGUGGGUAAACAACAUAAGGAAGCAAAGAUUAUUCAGAACCAAAAUGUGAAUCCCUAAUCACUACUUAAACACUGUGGUAAACCCAGGUAUUAGUUCCAGCCAGAUCCAAUGGACACAUACACUGUUGACACAUAUAGUUUAGUAUGGAACUAAACCUUAGUAAUCUACAUUAUCUCUGACACUGAUGAUUGCAUAAUAGGUAAAGGUUUCAUCUUGAUAUUAAGACUAGUCAUGUCUGACUCUGAGGGUUGGUGCUCAUCUCCAUUUCUAAGCUGAAGAGAUGGUGUUGUCCGUAGACACCUCCAAGGUCACGUGGCUUGCAUGACUGCAUGGAGUGCCGUUACCUUCUUGCCAGAGCAGUACCUAUUGAUCUACUCACAUUUGAAUGUUUACAAACUGCUAAGUUGGCAAAAGCUGGUGCUAACAGCGGGAGUGCACCCUGCUCCCCGGAUUCGAACCACCCAACUUUCGGUCAGCCAGUUAAGCAGUUCAGCGAUUGCAUAAUAACAUACCAUAUUUACUCAAAUCUAAUGCUCACCUUUUUGGGCUAUAUUACCUUCCCAAAAUUAAGGUGUGCAUUUGAUCCAUAUAAUAGGGUAAUCUUAGUACUGAGCCUUAACAAAAGGGGAAGCUGGAGCACCUGGAGCUCCUAUUUGAGGGAUGUCAUCUCUAAUUUAAUUGCCAUACUUCAAUGCUUUACAAUGCUCUUUGGUAGCCCCCAUGAUCCCAAACUACAGCCCCUAUGACUCCAUAGCAUUGAGUUAGGGUAGUUAAAAGGGAUUCAUUCUACAGCAUAGAUGCACCCCAGGUUUUCUUUUCCAUAGCUGAAAGUUUUGGUCUUCCAAUACUUUUGUUUUCAAAGAAGGAGUUCUAAGCAGGCAGCUAAUGUAAUGCGCACAAUUUUGGCCAAAAUCCAAAGAGUGCACAUUUUGCUUCUGCACGUUACAUUUGGGAGCUAAUAAUGUUCUUGGUUUCAGGAUUUUGAAAAUUGAGGUGCACAUUAGAUUUGAUGGAACAUUAGGCUCAAGUAAAUAAGGGUAAUAAAAUCAUAUGAGAAAUGCAGCAAAAAUUAUGUGAAAAAGAUGCAAUGAGACUAUGGCAUGAGGAAAAGAUUUUACACUUGGUUUGAAAUAAAUUGUUUUAUCUGAAACAAUUUAAAAUUAGAGAGAGGAGAAAUAAAAGAAAAUUUGUUUGAGAUUGUAUGGAAACAGUUUAUAUAUGACAAAAUAAUAGCAGCUUUAAACCACUCUUACAUCAAGUGAUCUUUUGGAUAAAUGACUAGGGGAAAAUAUGACUAUUAUUAAUAAGAUUAGACAAUUAGGUAGAGGAUAAUUUAUUAGUAGGUUUGACAGGGGGGUACUUUGCAAAUGUCUAUGAGUUGGGGAGUGGUGGAUGAGAUAAAAGCAAGUUUUUACAUUAUGAUUUACUGUAAAAAAAAUAAUAAUCAGCUACCACAUUCUGAAUGUGAGCCAACCCUUAUGUGCCUGUUAUUGGCACAUAUGUCAUAGUUCAGAUUUUCUCCCUCCCUCUCAUACAGCUUUUGGCAAAAGCAAAACAAGUGGAAACUGUUUGACAAAUGUCCCAUUCCUAGUUUAUCCUUAAAUUGGGCUGGAGGAGGGAGGGAAAUAGAAAAGAAUGUCAAUGAGAAGGACUACACAACAGAACUCACUUAGCGAGAUGCACCGGCUGGGCAUGAGGGUGUGAGAUGAUGAUGAUGAUCAUCUCCUGACUCAUCCAUAUCAGUAUAAAGUGGACUUCAGCCUCCAGUGUUUGUGCCUGAGUCCUGCUGCAACCAUGAAGACACCGGCUGCCUUCCUUCUUGUGAGCCUCCUUGUCAUUUCCUUAGCAAUGCCUGCUGCAUCUGGCUCAUAUAUCCCAAGAAGGAAACCAGGACUUUGUCCGUUUGUUGCUGGAAGGUGCCGGAUGCUUGAUCCACCAAACAACUGUGAUUCUGACUACCAAUGCAUCAAUGAACUGAAAUGCUGUGAAGGAAUGUGUGGAAGAGACUGCGUCAAGCCAAUAUUUGUGUAAAUUUCCCGCAUCUCAUGGAUACCCAGCACCGACAUGAAUGUCCUGCACUUUUGAUUCCCAUGCUAUCCUAAUUCUUCUUCUAAUUAACAGAGGACUGGUACCAUAUUUAUACCUAAUAGGUAGAACUAGUUUUUCUCUUUCCUGGAAAUCCAUUACAACAGAUGGCUUUUGGACCAGCACCAGUUCAUGGAUCUGCACUUUGAGCAGCAUUUCCCUAUAUGAUGUUAUCUCAUCUGUGGCAUUUUUGUGACUGCAAGCCCCAAACCAAGUAUCACCAUAUUUCUGGGAAGGAAAAUAAUCAAUGAUUCCUUGAACUUUAUCUUCUGAAAAAAAUAAACCCAGCCUGAGGUCACGAACGGACACUCAUUAACAACAAUUUGUACAAGAUCUCCUGCUAAAUGAUUGAUUGAUCUGAAUAUGGAAGAAAUAUAUCCAAACCAAAAUCUAGGUGUGAACUAUUCACUAUUUGAAGAAAGGGUUUCUAAACAUCUGUGUUCAUGUUUUCAAUCCACUAUCCCCUUUUCCUACUGCUGUCAUCUUUAUCAAGCAUUACAUUAUUCCAUUGGCAAUGAUUACAUAAUAUAUGAUGGAAGAUAUACUGUAUACUUACUGUGCUAAUAUUCACUGGUUUUUACAAAAAUGUUCAGGCAAAAAUUCUACAACCAGAAUACUAUAUUUUUGAUAUGAAUUCCAUUGCAGUUUGAAUUCUGCAGGCCAUUGUUUUCACUAUGGAACCUCUUACUGCAACAUGAAGCAACCUUUUGGGAAAGGGAUAUGUAUUUUUCAUGAGAGGAGUUCUUAAAAUGAAAAUUAACCCUGUAAUUGGAGACAUUUUGAACUGCAUGAAUCUUUGCCAAUAAAAUAUUUUCUGCAGCA